AUGAAAGCCACCACCACGCGCCUGGCCGCCGCCUUUGGCCAGCGGCGAGCCUUUGCCAGCUCGGCGCCUCGCCUGGCAAGCUAUGGCUUCAUCGGCCUCGGCCAAAUGGGCUACCAAAUGGCAAAGAACCUGCAGUCCAAGCUGCGGCCCGCCGACAAGCUCGCCGUCUUCGACAUCAACCCGGACGCCCUCGCGGCUCUUGAGGCCGACGUCAAGGCCUCGUCCGCCGCGGGGGGGGCGUCGCUCGAGAUUGCCGCGAGUGCCUUUGACGCAUCCAAAGACGCGGACACCGUCGUCACAGUCCUCCCCGAGCCCCAGCACGUCAAGGCCGUCUACUCGUCCAUCCUCACCGACGCGCUGCCGCGCAAAGACCGCGUCUUCAUCGACACGUCCACCAUUGAUCCCUCGACGUCGCGCCAGGUCGCCAGGUCCGUCGCCGACGCCGCCCAAGGCGCCUUUGUCGACGCCCCCAUGUCCGGCGGCGUCGUCGGCGCCACCGCCGGCACCCUGACCUUUAUGCUCGGCUCCGACCUGGCCCUCGUGCCCCGCGCCGAGCCCGUCCUGCUCCUCAUGGGCCGCAAGGUGCUGCACUGCGGGCCCCAGGGCGCCGGCCUGUCCGCCAAGCUGGCAAACAACUACCUCCUCGCCCUCAACAACAUUGCCACUGCAGAGGCCAUGAACCUCGGCGUGCGCUGGGGGCUCGACCCAAAGGCCCUCGCCGCCGUCCUCAACGUCAGCACCGGUCGCUGCUGGCCUAGCGAAGUCAACAACCCCGUCAAGGGCGUCGUCGACUCGGCCCCUGCCGCCCGCGACUACCGCGGCGGUUUCGGCAUCUCCCUCAUGAGCAAGGACCUGCGCCUCGCCAUGGUCGCCGCCCGCGAGGCCGGCGCCAACAUGGCCCUCGGGGACUCGGCCCUUGCCGUCUAUCAGGCCGCCGAGAAGCGUGACGACUGCAAGGGCCGCGACUUUUCCGUCGUCUACCGCUACCUCGGCGGCAAGGAGGAGUGA